UAAAAGUGCACAUGUUUGAUAAGUGUUGUAUUGAUCAAAGACCGGUUGAUAACAAAACAAAAACCACGGUUACUAGAAUAUUAAAAUUUGUAUUGGUGUAUAAAAUGUAUUAGCAUUUUGAUGGUGUUAUUAUGACUUUUAAAUGAAAUGAAUUUCCACUCCUGACUAUUCUUUUCUAUUGUAUAAUUUAUCCAAAAGAAAUAAAUAUAUAAUUUUUUUUAAAUAUCACCUAAAUAAUUGCAAAGAAAAGAAGAAGAAGAGGAAGGAGAGAACCUGCGAAAUAAAAAUAACUCAAUGGAGAAUAUUAACGCCUAUAUAUUAUUUGGAGGUAUAUACUUGGUCUUGCUCUUUUUUGAUGGGCUUUUAAAGUCGUGUCUGCACUAUCCUUACAUUAAGUUUUUAGAAGAGUUUAAUAUAAAGAUAAAUUAUUUAUCAGUUAAAUGGAAGACUAAAGCUUUCAACCGAACUCUGAUAAAAUGGGGAAAUAGUCGUCCAAAACUACUGAAGUGUUGGUUUUCUUUUGGUUCAUACUGCUCAGUCUUUUUAUUACCUAUUUCUGUGUUCAUAUUGUUUUAUAGUAUAUAUCAAGCAUUGUUUGGGGCUACCGAAACCACUGAUGGUGGCAAAAGUGCUGUCAUUGGAAUAAUUAUACCUGGUCUCAAUUUACCAUUUUCAGAAGUGGGAUAUUACAGUGUAACUUUAUUUAUAUGCAGUGCUAUACAUGAAUUAGGUCACAGCUUAGCAGCUGUUCUAGAAGAUGUUGCAGUUAUUGAUAUUGGCUGUAACUUAUAUUUUUUACUACCGAUUGCAUAUGUCAAUAUUGCCACUGAGAAUUUUUUUUCACUUAGCUAUAAGAGAAAAUUAAAUAUUUUGUGUGCAGGAGUAUGGCACAAUAUUUGUUUAACUUUUAUUUUCUUGGGUGUAUAUUAUUCGCUCCCCAUGGUUUUUUCACCACUGUAUAGUACAGGUCAAGGUGUUAGUGUUUCAUAUGUUGGCAAUGAUUCACCACUUAAAUCUGAAUUUAUAGGUAUAAAUGUAAAUGAUGUGGUUUUAAGGAUAAAUGAUUGUGAAAUCAAAGAUGAAAAUACUUGGUACAACUGUCUGCAAAGAGAGCAGCUUUCAAAAACAUCAAUUUGCAUUGAAUCUGACACAAUACACUCCUUAGAUGAGAGUAUACCAUUGAGACACAAUGCUAUUGGCAGUAUAGAGUGCUGUGAUCCUAAUAAUAACAGAAAUUUAUGUUUUGAAUAUUUAGAUAGAGGAAAUGGAGUUUUGGAGUUGCCUAGUUACGCUUGCCUACCGGCCAGAAGUGUCUUAGAAACAACAAAACAAUUUUGUACUAUAGAACCACAUUCAUGCCCUAAAAAUUUGUAUUGUUUUAGACCCUUACUAGGUAAUAACACUCACCUAUUUAAUAUUGUGUGCACUAACAAACAAAUUAUUUAUCUUGGUUCAGUUAAUGAUAUUUGGGCAACUGUUGAUGUUUCACCCUAUAUAAGUAAAUCAAAUAUUUUUUCUGUACUAAUUCCAGACACAGUAACGAAGUUAUCUAGAUACAUUGUUGUUAUCUCAUUGGGAUUGGCUUUUGUGAAUAUAUUACCGAUCACCUUUAUGGAUGGUGAUUACAUAAUAACGACAUUGUGUCUUUAUAUACUUAAGAAAAAGUUAGGUAGAAAGGCCUCACUGCUUUUAAGUUCUUUGCUAAAAUGGUUUUUUACAAUUAUUUUAAUAGUAUUUCUGAUAUAUUCUGUUAUAAAGUUGUAUUGAUU